UGGAUUGAAAGGAAAACUCAGCAAGGCAGCAUACAUAGACAACUGGGUACUGGACAACACUCUUUUGGCUGACGGCGAGUCAGCGUUCCGAAUCACCUUCGACUGGACUGAGGACUUUGGAAUUCCGGGAGCAUUCAUCAUUAAGAACAAUCAUCCCAAUGAGUUCUUCCUCAAAACCCUAACCCUCGAAGAUGUUCCCGGUCACGGCAAACUUCAUUUUACAUGCUUCUCUUGGGUUUACCCUGCCAGUAAGUAUAACUACGAACGCGUCUUCUUCGCAAACCAGGUUUAUCUUCCAAGUGAAACGCCUGUCCUGUUGAGGCAAUAUAGAGAUGAAGAGUUAGUGAACUUGAGAGGAACAGGAACUGGCGAGCUUAAAGAAUGGGAUAGAGUGUAUGACUAUGCUUACUAUAAUGAUCUUGGUGAGCCAGACAAAGGUCCUGAAUAUGCUCGGCCAGUCCUGGGCGGGAAUUCCGAGUAUCCUUAUCCUCGACGAGCAAGGACAGGCAGAUCACCCACAAAGACAGAUCCUAAUUCUGAGAGUAGGAUUCCCAUUAUUCCGGGCUCGGAUAUUUAUGUUCCCAGAGAUGAGAAAUUCGGACACAUGAAAUUGGCCGACUUUCUUACCUAUUCUUUGAAAUCUCUGGUCCAGUUCCUUCUCCCCGAGUUUCAGUCUCUGAUUGAUUCUACACCAAAUGAGUUUGACACCUUUCAAGAUAUACUUAACCUGUAUGAAGGAGGGAUUAGACUGCCUCAAGGGAACUUGCUCAAAGCUCUCACAGAUAACAUUCCCAUCGAGAGUGUGAAAGAAAUUCUCCGUAGUGAUGGUGAGGGACUCUUUAAGCUCCCAACCCCACAAGUUAUCCAAGAGGAUAAAACUGCAUGGAGGACGGAUGAAGAAUUUGGAAGAGAGAUGCUUGCAGGAGUGAACCCUGUUAUCAUUUGUCGCCUCCAAGUAAAUGAAUUUUCGUAAACUAUGAGUUCCCACCAAAAAGCAAACUGGAUCCUAAUGUUUAUGGGGACCAGACCAGUAAAAUUACCAAAGAGCAUAUCCAAGACAGCCUAGAUGGUCUUUCAGUUGAGGAGGCAAUCAACACUAACCGGUUAUUCAUAUUGAAUCACCAUGACACGCUCAUGCCAUACUUAAGGCGCAUAAACGCAACAAAUAACAAAAUAUAUGCCUCAAGAACAUUGCUUUUCUUACAAAGAGAUGUUAUUUUAAAGCCUAUUGCAAUUGAACUUAGCUUGCCGAAUUCACUUGGAGAUGAAUUUGGUGCAGAUGCCAAAGUGUACACACCAGCCGAACAAGGGGUUGAAAAUGGGUUGUGGCAAUUAGCUAAAGCUUAUGCAGCUGUGAAUGAUUCAGGUGUUCAUCAGCUAAUCAGCCACUGGUUGAACACACAUGCAGUAAUUGAGCCAUUUGUAAUAGCAACAAAUAGGCAAAUGAGUGUGCUUCACCCAAUAUAUAAGCUUCUACAUCCCCAUUUUCGCUAUACAAUUACAGUUAAUGCUUUGGCUCGCCAGAUCUUGAUUAAUGCUGGCGGGAUUCUUGAGAAGACAGUUUUCCCUGAAAGAUAUGCCAUGGAAUUGUCUGCUGUAGUUUACAAGGAUUGGGUUUUUACUGAUCAAGCACUCCCAACUGAUCUUGUUAAGAGGUAUUUCAUGAUUCCGAUAUCAAUCAUUGUCUUGUCUUACUACCCCCAUGUAUACAAACCAUAAACCCUAUGAAGCACGGAUACUUCACUAGGAUACCCGUACCGUACGUUCCCGGGCCGUAUCUUCAAUUUUUAAAAGAUUCCAACUUUUUUGUUAAUUAUUUUAAUAUUUCGGAUACCCGUAUCUCGGCGGAUACACGUAUCAACUUCUUUUAUAUAGAAAACACCCAAAAUAUAAAUAAUAAUUUUUUUUAAAUGAAAAACUAAAAAUAAAUUUUACAUUAUCCAAAAUGCUUCAGUGCAAAAUUUGUAUUGGAACUUUUAGUUUUUAUAUUAGAGUGUCGUUUUCUAUCUCCUUUAUCCAAGAACUUUGAAUACUUAAGACUUAUAAAUUCAAAACUGUGAUUGUUUGACUUAUUUCUUAUUUUAAAUUAAUGACUUAUUGACUAUGUUUAUAUUUUGAGAUGCACUCGUGUAUAUGAGAUAAAAUAUGAAUUUUUUCUAAUUAUUUUGAUAAUGUUAAAUUUUUGAAUGCCAUGAAUGGGCAGUGGUCCGAGGAUAAUAUAUGUAUAUAUUUACAAAAAAAUCUUGUAAUUUUUAAUAUUUAUAAAUACACCCCCAGAGUUUUUAAUAUUUACAAACACACCCUCAUAACUCUUAAUAUUUAUAAAUGUAUAUCCCCGUAUCCGUAUCCUACUUUUUUGGAUUUUGUCGUAUCCUCGUACCCAUUUCCGCGUUCACGCGUACCCGUAUCGGUGCUACAUAGCAUAAACCUCAUGCACUGAUUGUAGAAGAAUAAUGUGCUUCAAAAUGUUGAAAUUAUCCGAUAUUUGCGUGUUUUAGGUCUUUGAUAGUGAUAUGAGUGGUUCUUAUAUUUCUCUAGGGUUUUUAGAACUCAGGAAGUAUCAACUAUCAAGAAGUAUUGAAUAUUGAUAAGCAUUGCAAUAUUUAAUUAGUAUUGCCGUAUUGGUAUUGAGCAUAUCUUUAAAAUUAGUAAUCCCAUUAUUUUCCAAAAAACCUCAAAAUGUGGUUUUAUUUCCAGAAAUUUUGUGAUCCAAGGAAUCAAAAUAUCAAACAAUUUCUCCCUAAAUAGUUACAGGUUUUAAACCUGUAACUAUGGUCUUAGUGUAAUACUUUACAAGUCUAUGAUAUUUAAGAGGUGUGGCUGUUGAAGACUCGAGUUCCCGGCAUGGCGUUCGGCUACUAAUCGAGGACUAUCCAUAUGCUGUUGAUGGGCUAGAAAUAUGGUCAUCUAUCAAGACAUGGGUCGAUGAGUACUGCAAGUUAUAUUACAAAUCAGAUGACAUGGUUCAGAAAGAUACUGAACUCCAGGCCUGGUGGAAGGAACUUAGAGAGGAAGGACAUGGUGAUUUGAAAGACAAGCCAUGGUGGCCUAAAAUGCAGACAGUCGGGGAGCUGAUCAACUCAUGUACCAUUAUUAUCUGGAUAGCCUCUGCCCUUCACGCAGCAGUCAACUUCGGUCAAUAUAUGUAUGCUGGUUAUCUCCCGAACCGCCCAACAUUGAGCCGCAGAUUCAUGCCGGAGCUUGGAACAGGUGACUAUAUGGAGCUUGAAGCUGAUCCAGAUAAUUUUUUCCUCAAAACAAUCACUCCCCAGAUGCAAACAUUGCUUGGUGUUUCCCUUAUUGAGAUUCUGUCAAGGCACACUUCGGAAGAAGUGUAUCUAGGGCAGAGAGAUUUCCCUGAGUGGACAAAUGAUCAGGAAGCACUUGACGCAUUUGCUCGAUUUGGAAAGCAGCUGGGUGCUAUUGAGGAUAGCAUUAUGAAAAUGAACAUAGAUGAAAAGCUCAGGAACAGGACAGGACCUGUGAAAGUGCCUUACACCUUACUCUUCCCUACAAGUGAACCCAGUCUCACUGGCAGAGGCAUUCCAAAUAGUGUUUCAGUCUAGACGGAGCUUCCGAAUUCUGUAUGUGAUUAAAUUUGGAUGGUACAUAUAUGUCAUUAUUUUAUUGCAAUAAAUUGAUCUCAUUGUGCAUGUUUACAUGUGAUCCAUCUGAAUAAAUGCCUCCAUUUGCAAGAUGUGUAAUAGAAGAAAUAAACUUGUGAAAAUAAAUAAUACUGCGAACUAUGUCAUUUUAAU